GAUGUAGACAAAUGUGUGCUCACAAUUUAAGAGAAAUAUGCUUUCUGUGCGAAUGGAACAUUUCUGGGAUCUUUUAUUUCAGCUUAUGAAACAUGGGACCAACACUUUACAUGUUGAGUUUAUAUUUUUGUUCAGUGUGUGUAAGUGGACAAAGGGAAUAAAGGGUAGGGGUGUUCAAGAGAGGGGUUGAGUGUGAGAUAGUGGUAAGGGGACUGAAGAGAGGAUUAUGUAUGGUGGGUGGAAUGUUGAAGAGGUUAUGAGGUCGGGGGUGAGGGUGUUAAAAAUAUCCAAUGCAUAAGUGCUCCCCCUUAACUAUUCUGAACAACUUGACACAGUGCACAUGGAUAUUGACUGACGUUUGUUACUAGGAUACCGUUUAGUCUUUGCAGCUGUUCUAUUGAAUCUCCUCAACUGUCAGUGUCUGGGAACAUUCUUGAUAGGUUACUAUUAUAUUUGGUGGUUUCAAAGCCAUUCAGUGAUUCCUAAUGUGUCUAUACGAUGCUGUUUUUCUGUGCAAAUUAUGGACAAUAAAAAUCUAAAGAUCAAAGAGGUUUUGUUAUUUUUUCCCCCACAGUGUUAGAAACGCAAGCAUGCCUUUCGGUGACACCCACAACAACUUCAAACUCAACUUCAAAGUUGAGGAGGAGUACCCUGACCUCACCAAGCACAACAACCACAUUGCCAAGCUGACCAAGGACAUGUACGCCAAGCUGAGGGGCAAGCAAACCUCCUCCGGCUUCACACAGGAUGACCGCACCCAGACAGGUGUCAACAACCCUGGUGAGUGCCACACAUCUCCUAUACACCCCCUGAGGAUAGACAAUAACCACCUCAAACACACAACUCUCAAAAGUAGAACUGAGCAGAUAUCCCUACAAUAG